AUGCGUGGAGAUAAAGGUAGUCCUGAAGUUGAUUACAUGGGGGUAUAUGACGGACGAUAUGCGCCGCCGGGAGCUUUUGAGUAUUAUUCAAUGGUUUUGGUGGUUAAAGGAGUUACUAUGGAAAUUGAGAGAAUUCUAUCCAUUUUAGCAGCCAUGGAUUUGUCAAACAACCAAUUCCGAGGAUCGAUUCCAGAAAUAGUUGGAAAGUUCAACUCACUCGAACUUCUUAACUUUUCUAACAACAACCUUAUUGGUCAUAUUCCAUCAUCAUUGGGAAAUUUGACAAAACUUGAAUCAUUGGAUCUGUCUUCAAAUAGGCUUGUUGGAGAGAUUUCCAAACAAUUGGCAACUUGCGGGACCUAUACCUAA